AUGAUCCCACCCCUCAGUGUUGCCGACAUUGCUCGUCAGGCCGCCGAGUAUGACUACGACCCGACCGUCAAGCUGCAAUACUGGCUGAGAACCGCGCUGUCGCUUACAAAGGAGGCUGCGAUCUACGAGCGCGAAGGAAACGACCAACAAGCAUACCUGCUCCUCUUCAGGCAUGCACAACUGGUGCUAGUGAAUCUCAUCAGACACCCUCAGGCGCGAGAGCCGGAAAACCGAAGACCGCUCGCCGAAGCCCAGCGCGAAGUGCAGAAUUCGCUGAAGAUCUUGGAAGUUCUGAAGCCGCGGAUAAACAAGCGAUAUGAGCGAUACGUGCAGAGUCUCCAGGAUAGAAAUGUCGCUUCACAGCUAGACAGCGGUGCGCCCACCGUAGGGCGCACCCCCGAGGUGCUUGACCCCGCUAUUGCUGGGCGACCGAAGCCCAUCGCGGCGGCAGAGAACAAAGAACUCGCCGUCAAACUUGCUCAGAAGGAGCUCAGACGUCGAGCAGCAGCAAAACUGGGUCAUUAUUUCUUAAAUGAGGGAUAUCAAACUCAGAAGACACACGAAAAUUCAUUUGUUCCGGAUCACGAUGGCGCUGGAGACGACCUUGCGAGACGGCUCCAGGAAAUACGAGCUAGGGUUGGGACGGACAAUUCCUAUAUAGGAGCCUCGAAUGUGCCUCCUCAGGCGCAGAACGAGCGCCCGGCAUCAUCUCGCCGAUCCGGGCUGAAUGACCCAAUCACAUAUAAAUACCCAGCCGUUCCAGAACAGAGUGCCUUUAGCAUUACGGAGACAGUGCCACCUAUCCCCCAGAAGCGUCUACUAGAACCAGUUGCAGUACGCCCUCCAGCCCGCCCUGCUAAAAUAAUCGAAUCUAUCCAAGAACCCUCCGCCCCUCCCAUACCUGAAAAGAUCUCGCCUGGCCCUCCAAACUCCCUCUCGCCAGAAUCUACCCAUCAGAAAAACGCCCCCAGCCCUUCUUCCGACCUUCAACCCUCGACAUUCACAUUCAAACCCUCCUCCUAUCUCGAGAACGGCACCCCGCUCCGCACAAUAUUUAUCUCGCCCGACCUCCGCACCCAAUUCCUCAAAGUCGCCCGCUCAAACACCCUCAAGAACCUCGAGACCUGCGGUAUCCUCUGCGGCUCCCUCAUCUCCAAUGCCUUCUUCAUCUCCAAGCUGCUCAUCCCCGAACAAGAGUCCACGCCGGACACUUGCGAGAUGAUCAACGAAGCCGCUGUCUUCGAGUACUGCGACAGAGAGGAUCUGAUGGUGCUGGGCUGGAUCCACACGCAUCCCACGCAGACGUGUUUUAUGAGCUCGCGUGACUUGCACACUCAGUCUGGAUACCAGGUUAUGCUUGCUGAGAGUAUAGCUAUCGUUUGCGCUCCAAGCAAGACGCCUGACUGGGGGGUGUUUCGGUUAACGGAUCCACCGGGGCUGAAAACUGUGCUGGCUUGUACCCAGAAGGGGCUGUUUCAUCCACAUGGAGAGAUGGAUAUUUACACAGAUGCUUUAAGGCCAGGGCAUGUUUUUGAGGCUAAAGGGCUGGAGUUCGAGACGGUGGAUUUGCGGAAUAGGUAA